AUGGCUGUGACGCAGAAAAAAUCUGGUAAAGUACAUGUUUGUCAAGUCCCCAGACCUCUCAACAUCGUGCUUAAGAGGGAGCACUAUCCCUUACCUGUCUUAGAUGAUUUCUACCUCAGCUUUCAGAUGCUACAGUCUUCAAUCUGUGACUUGAAAGACGGAUACCCUCACUGCAAGUUAGAUGAAGAGUCUAGUUUACUGACUACUUUUGGCACACCCUGGGGAAGGUACAGAUGGAAAGGUCUUCCAUUUGGUUUGAAAGUCAGUAGUGAAAUCCAGUUCCGACUGAAGGAAAUCUCAUUCCUUGGCCACGUAGUAUCCAACUCUGUACUCAAUCCUGAUCCAUCAAAGAUCGAAGCUAUCCUGAACAUGACUGAUCCUGCAAAGAUGACAUCCAUCGCUUGCGUGGCAUGGUAA